CACACCUUCAUCUGAUUUGGUCCGUGAAUCAAAGUUUUGGCGUCAGUAGGCUAAAGACGCGUCGAUAUAAGAAUAUAUGAUUUGUUCUCGUUGUAUGGAAGAAUGUAUCGGCCUGAGAGAAAGACUUCAGUUGGGAUUUAUCUUGUGCUUGUUGUCUUGGAAUAUAACUGGGGAGCGGUUUCCGGGCAGCUUUCCUACUCCGUCUCAGAGGAGGUAAACCUUGGGACUUCGGUUGGAAACCUCGCCAAGGAUCUUAAUCUUAAUGUGCAGGAUUUGGAGUCGCGUAUGUUUCAGAUCGUUGCUGGAUCAAAGAGGAAGUAUUUCGAUGUAAAUUUGAAGUCAGGGUUUCUCUAUGUCAGCGAAAGAAUAGACAGAGAGGAGCUCUGUGCGAAAGCUGCAAAAUGCACAAUAAAUGUAGAGGCUGUGAUAAAUAGCCCAAUGAGACUUUACCGUAUUGAAGUAAAUAUACUUGAUGUUAAUGAUAAUCCCCCAUCUUUCAGUGCUAAAUCACAAACUAUCGACAUAGCAGAAAGCGUUUUGCCGGGAGCUAGAUUCCCUGUGCUGUCGGCCUACGAUGCCGAUGUUGGGAAAAAUAGUAUUGACUCAUACAAGCUUAAUAGCAAUGAAUAUUUCUCUCUAGUGGUGCACAAAGGAGGGAGUGUGUCAGCUGAGCUGGUCCUGCAGAAAUCACUAGACCGAGAAAAACAGGCUUUAAUUAAACUUGCUCUCACUGCUGUAGACGGAGGAACACCAUCCAAAUCAGGCACGUCGGAUAUUAUCAUUAAUGUUCUGGAUAAUAACGAUAACAUUCCGGCCUUUACAAAAACAUUGUAUAAAACAAGUGUCAUAGAAAAUGCACCAAUUGGAAGCACAGUAGUAACAGUGACUGCAACUGACGCUGAUGAGGGGACAAACAAAGACAUUGUGUAUUUACUAAAUUCCAAAGAUCAGGACCACGUCUUGGACAUUUUCGAAAUUAAUUCAGAAACAGGAAUAAUAACUGUGAAAGGUAAGGUAGACUUUGAAACAAACACUGCCUUCGAAAUUCGCGUUCAAGCAGCAGACAAAGGCCAGCCUCCAUUAACAGCGCAGUGUAAAGUACUAGUCGAGGUGGUGGAUCUAAAUGACAAUGCGCCUGACAUCACAGUGACGUCACUGCUCGGUACAGUGCGGGAGGACGCUGAAAUCGGCACAGCUAUUGCACUUGUGUCCAUUCUUGACAGAGAUGGGGGCAAAAACGGCGAGGUCAAUUGUGAAAUAUUGAAUUUAGUUCCAUUCAAAUUAGAGACAAAUUACAAGAAUUACUAUUCAUUAGUUAUUGCUGGAGCUCUAGACAGGGAACUAAUUUCCAACUACAAUAUCACCAUUAGAGCAACCGAUGAAGGUAAGCCCCCCCUCUCUAACACUACUGUGGUUCAUAUUCAGGUUUCUGAUGUCAAUGACAACCUACCUCAAUUUUCAGAGAAAGCAAUUGAUAUGUAUGUGAAAGAAAACAGUCAAAUAGGUAUAGUUUUAAAGACAGUGUCUGCAUCUGAUGCUGAUGUUAGUGAAAAUGGUCAAUUGACCUAUUCAAUAAUAUCUGAUAAUAACUUAGUUCAGCUAUCUACAGUGAUAAAAAUCAACUCAGAGACUGGAGAUAUAGUCAGUCUGCAGUCGUUUAACUAUGAGGAGUUAAAAACGUUUCAGUUUAAAGUUCAGGCCACAGACUCUGGUGUUCCUCCGCUCAGCAGCAACGUGACUGUGAAUGUUUUGAUCCUGGAUGAAAAUGACAAUAAUCCAACUAUUCUCGCGCCCUAUUCUGAGCACGGCUCCGUCAACAGUGAGAGCAUCCCCUAUUCUGCUGAAGCGGGAUACUUUGUGGCAAAGAUCAGGGCUGUAGACGCAGACUCUGGAUACAACGCGCUGCUCUCUUAUCACCUCUCUGAGCCCAAAGGAAACAAUCUCUUCCGGAUCGGAACCAGCACCGGAGAGAUCAGGACUAAGAGGAGAAUGAGUGACAAUGACCUGAAAACUCACCCCUUGGUGGUGCUGGUCUCUGAUAAUGGAGAACCCUCCCUGUCAGCUACUGUGUCUAUUGAUGUGGUGGUGGUUGAAAGCGCAGCUGACAUCCACACUCAGUUCAGACAUGUGACCAUAAAGGAGGAGAGCUUCUCUGAUUUAAACCUGUAUCUGCUCAUCGCCAUAGUGUCGGUGUCAGCCAUCUUCCUGCUCAGCCUCAUCACUUUAAUAGCUGUCAAAUGUCACAGGACAGACGGCAGUUUCAGCAGGUACGGAGCUCCAAUGAUCACCACCCACCCUGACGGGAGCUGGUCUUACUCCAAAGCUACUCAGCAGUAUGACGUGUGUUUCAGCUCAGACACACUUAAGAGUGACGUAGUGGUUUUCCCCGCAUCGUUUCCACCUGUAGAUGCUGAACUCAUCAGUAUUAAUGGAGGAGACACUUAUACCAGAACUCAGACUUUACCAAACAAGGAAAAGGUAAGGAAUGUCUAA